UUUUUUUUUUUUAAUUAACAUUUCAACUUCAAGACGCCAACGGAGAGUUGCGGUUAUUUCCCGGGACCGUCUUAGCGUGCGGCGCCGAGGCCAUGCGGUGAGUCUUGUGAAGAAAACAAUCUGAAGACAAUGCAUCUGUGAACCCUGAUACCAGCUUGUGAGUUAAGGCGAUGGAAGUUAUAGAAGGCUGCCAGCAUACUGGUCCUGUGAUAGCUCCAAAUGGAUAUGCAAACAGAAUUUUCCAAGCAAACAUGGAAGAAGGGAGUACUGACGUAUUGGAGUAUUGUGGUGCUGAGCACUGCACCUCCAGUGAUGCAAUCCCGAAUGAACGGGAGGAGGCACCCCGGUAUAAGAAGAUGACCAAGGGCAACCGGAUCUGGAAUUUUGUUAGACGAAGGAAAGGACUCUCUACGAAUAAAGGAAGACCCCAGUCCAUGAUCCUACUAGGAGUUACCUCUGAGGUCUCAGAAUUAAAAAAACCAUCCUUCAUGGACAGGGUAAGGCCAUUAAAAAAGGGAAGAACCUCCAGGAUGCCUAAGAAUGUGGAUUUGAGAGCAUCUGGAGUCCAGGUUGCGUGUGACCCUGAGGAGGACCAUCAUGCCAGCGGGCAAAGAGCUGUCUACAGGGUUAAGAAAUUGGGUGACAGUCGGAGGCCCUCCCGCCACUCGUAUGCAGGCUACAUUGAUGAUUUGGAUUCUUCUUUUGAAGACAUAGAGCUGAAUAUCAGCAUUCCUGAAAUUGAUGCCAAUGAAAGUAAAUGUCUCAGGGAUAUUACUGUCAGAUUACACAGUGAAGAUAAUGAUAGUAACUGCCAUAGAAUACCAGCUAGAAAGAGUGAGUCUUUGAAUUUUGAAAACUUUAAGAGUCCUGCAAUUACAGAAGGGGACAAUCAAAGGAGGUGUGCUGUGCUCCCCCAGGAGAGCAGAAGAGGAAGAAGCUCUGAUGUUUGGAGCUAUCUGAAAGGAAUUUCAUUAACUAACAAAGAUAAUUCAAAGCUUCCAGAUCAAAGGGCUGAAACCAAUUUCCAGAACUUAGAAAAUAUAACUGAUCAUCCUACUCCUUAUUUUGACUUUGAUACGAGAUGUGAGGAGAAUCUCAGCCAGCGGAAAAAAUCAAACAGUGCAACCAAAGCCACUCACUUUGGGGGUGUUGUGAGGUUCUUCACCAGUGUGGCCGAGGCAGCUCGGAGACUGCGAGGCUCCUCAAGGGCAUUUUCACCUGAUGAGAAAAGGCCUCAGCGGAGUUUCCGAAGCUGGAGGCAAGAUGUUACCCCCCACAAAGAGGGCUUGGUUAUUGAGAACGAGAGCGCAAGGGCCUUCUGCACAGUGGGAGCAUGUCUGCAGUCCCCAGAUUCAGGCACAUGGGACAAUUUGAGCUUUGAGAGUUUGGUGGGGAAGGAGCCCAUGCAGCAUUGCAAAACCACAGAAGUAUCACAAGACAUUGGUUCCUCUGCCCUGGACAGUGAGAAUGAUAGAUUUAAUAAAACAUCACUUUCUCCUUUUGGGACAGAACCAUCCAUCUCCCACGUGCCAGAGCUCGCAGAUGACUCUUUCACUGAGCUAAAUACUAAGGACCUCUCUGAGGAUCUGACAACUCUGAGUAAACAGAAUCAGGACUCAGACAGUACUCUGGAGAAGACACAGGUCAUGGACAGGGACCUGCCACGUUCUCAAGGUCUUCCUGUGACUAAUCUGGAUACUGUGGACCUGGGCUGUCCUUCAGCUGCAGCUGGUGACUCUUCUGCAGUGACUGAGGCUCUGAUCCACCUUCCACAGACAUCCCUGACUAAACUUGAUACCGAGGACAUGGUUUGUGCUCCAGUGGUUGCUAAAGACAUGGAUCCAUCUCCAGCAGUGGCUCAGGAGCUUUCAAAGACAGAACUGGAUAUGCAGGACUUGAGAAAUCCUGAGCUGUCUUUGCAAGACUUGUCUGGAGGUGAGCUGGGGAUUCAGGAGUCAGGCAGAACUCUGGAGAAGACACGGGUCAUGAACAGGGACCUGCCACAUUCUCAAGGUCUUCCUGUGAAUAAUCUAGGUGCUGCGGACCUGAGCUGUCCUUCAGCUGCAGCUGGUGACUUUUGUGCAGUGACUGAGGCUCUGAUCCACCUUCCACAGACAUCCCUGACUAAACUUGAUACCGAGGACAUGGUUUGUGCUCCAGUGGUUGCUAAAGACAUGGAUCCAUCUCCAGCAGUGGCUCAGGAGCUUUCAAAGACAGAACUGGAUAUGCAGGACUUGAGAAAUCCUGAGCUGUUUUUGCAAGACUUGUCUAGAGGUGAGCUGAGGAUUCAGGACUUGGGCAGUACUCUGGAGAAGACACAGGUCGUGGGUAGGGACCUGCUGUGUUCUCAAGAUCUUCCUGUGAAUAAUCUUGAUGCUGUGGACUUGGGCUGUUCUCCAGCUGCAGCUGGUGACUUUUGUGCAGUGACUGAGGCUCUGAUCCACCUCCCACAGAUGACCCUGACAAAAGAGAUUCAAGACACUGGCAGUACUCUGGAGAAGACACAGGUCAUGGACAGGGACCUGCCAUGUUCUCAAGAUCUUCCCCUGAAUAAUUUGGAUGCUGCAGACCUGCGCUGUUCUCCAGUUGCUGAUGUUGACAUUUCUGUAGUGACUUUUUUAAAAUGUGCAACAGUUAAAGGACAAAUUUUAGAGCAGACUGGUUGCCGUGUUAAAAAGCACGGAACCACUUCAUUUGUAGAACAAAACUCUGUAGAGAUAAUGGACAGAGGGGAAGAGUUUAACUGUAACGAUGAGUGCCAUCCAUUCCAAGUGCAUGUCUCUAGAAUUGUCUCCUCCGGACGGCUCAAAAACGGAAAGCCAAUGUCUCAUCCUUCUCAACCAUCCCCACAAGCGCCACCCUUCAAAGUCCUUGUGGAGAGAUGUCGCUCUGAACCCCUCUCCCAGAGCACCCCGAUGGGGCUGGACCAGGUGGGAGGGCGCAUGCAGCACUUGCUCAGAAGACGUGCUGAGAACGAACAGGCUUCAAAGACUCUGAAGGUGCGCGGGAACUGCAGGAACGGUGGACGUCGAUGGAACCUCUUCAAGCCAGGAGCUGAGAAGCUGCAAAUCAGUAGGCUGAUCAGUGGUGGUUCUAUUGUAAGUGCUGAGGCAGUAUGGGAUCACGUCACCAUGGCCAACCGGGAGUUGGCGUUUAAAGCAGGAGACGUUAUCAAGGUCCUGGAUGCUUCCAACAAGGACUGGUGGUGGGGUCAGAUCGAUGAUGAAGAAGGAUGGUUUCCCGCCAGCUUCGUGAGGCUGUGGGUAAACCAAGAAGAUGGAGUGGAGGAGGGAACCAGCGAUGUGCAGAAUGGCCAUUUGGAUCCAAGCGCCGACUGCCUCUGUCUCGGCAGGACCGUUCAGAACCGAGACCAGAUGAGAGCCAAUGUCAUCAAUGAAAUCAUGAGCACAGAGCGCCACUACAUCAAGCACCUCAAGGACAUCUGCGAGGGUUACUUAAAGCAGUGCCGGAAGAGGAGGGAUAUGUUCAGUGAUGAACAGCUAAAGAUCAUCUUUGGUAACAUUGAAGAUAUCUACAGAUUUCAGAUGGGUUUUGUCCGGGACUUAGAGAAACAAUACAACAACGAGGACCCCCAUCUCAGUGAAAUUGGACCAUGUUUCCUUGAACACCAAGAUGGCUUCUGGAUCUAUUCGGAGUACUGUAACAAUCAUUUGGAUGCAUGCAUGGAGCUUUCCAAGCUGAUGAAAGAUAGCAGGUACCAGCAUUUCUUUGAAGCGUGUCGUCUAUUGCAGCAGAUGAUUGAUAUUGCCAUAGAUGGUUUCCUUCUGACGCCAGUGCAGAAGAUCUGCAAAUACCCCCUGCAGCUCGCAGAGCUACUGAAGUACACGGCGCAGGAUCACAGUGACUACAGGUAUGUGGCUGCUGCCCUCGCUGUCAUGAGGAACGUGACUCUACAGAUCAACGAGCGGAAGCGGAGAUUGGAGAACAUUGACAAGAUAGCUCAGUGGCAGGCCUCCGUUCUGGACUGGGAGGGAGACGAUAUCUUGGACCGCAGCUCAGAGUUGAUCUACACGGGAGAGAUGUCCUGGAUUUACCAGCCUUAUGGACGGAACCAGCAGCGUGUUUUCUUUCUCUUUGAUCACCAGAUGGUUCUCUGCAAGAAGGAUCUGAUACGAAGAGAUAUUCUGUAUUACAAAGGUCGCAUAGACAUGGAUAAGUACGAAGUGGUGGAUAUAGAAGAUGGGAGAGAUGAUGACUUCAAUGUCAGCAUGAAGAAUGCCUUCAAACUUCAUAACAAGGAGACUGAGGAAAUGCACUUAUUCUUUGCCAAGAAACUGGAGGAGAAGUUACGAUGGCUUAGAGCUUUCAGAGAAGAAAGGAAGAUGGUAAAAGAAGAUGAAAAGAUAGGCUUUGAAAUUUCUGAAAAUCAAAAGCGGCAAGCGGCAAUGACAGUAAAGAAAGUCAGUAAGCAAAAAGGUGUGAGCUACUCCAAGUCGGUUCCUCCAGCCUACCCACCACCCCAGGAUCCAUUAAAUCAGGGACAAUACAUGGUGACAGAUGGCAUAUCCCAGUCCCAGGUCUUCGAGUUCACCGAACCCAGACGCAGCCAGGCACCAUUCUGGCAAAACUUCAGCAGGUUAACACCAUUCAAAAAAUAAUACCUAGAGAGAUGGAGAAUUUUAACUUAAAAGAACUAAAAUUUAAAAAUAAAAAGAAAUAAAAUUAUAUUUAUAGAUGGACCUUUUUUCGGAGAAGCACUGUUGCAACUAAAUAUAUAUAUACAUAUAUAUAUACACACACACACACAUUUUAAAAAUAAUAAUAUAUAUACAUAUAUGUAUAUAUAUAGAAGGACCAAAAACUUUUUUUGUUGUUUUUGGGAAGCAAUCUGCUACUAGAUACUAGGAAGCACCAAUGAUUUCUAAUCAUGUGACCUAUUUUAUUUUAUUCCAUUGGUCGGACAUUUUAUUUUUUUUUUUUUUUUCCUUCCUUCUUCAUUUUCAUUCAAGUCGUCAUUGGCAUCCCAGAAUGCUUUCUCGCUUGUGUGAAUUCGUCAUCGAAGUUCCUCAUGGACUACAUUGGUGUAUAUUUUAUUUGAUUUUAUUUAUGGGGGGGGGGGGUGUUGUUUGUUUUUUGGAGUGCCGGGAGGUCUCUGCUCCCUCUCCCUCCCUCUCCGUCCCUUCCUUGGCUGUCCCGGAGUUGCCAUUUCAGCGAAGAGCAUCGUCCCCGUCCCCGUCCCCGUCCCAUCCUGCAUUCUCUGGUCUGACUCGUGCCUGUCUGGAUGUGCUCCCUUGUGCACCACGCUCUGCUGCGCAGUAUUUCUCUGGCUUUAACUGUUUUGUUGUGGGCAGGUGAAAAGAAGCAGAAGGGGUAUCGGCUAUUGAGGAAGCGAGAGAUGGGGUUUCCUCUGUUAAUUUUUUGCCUUUUUUUUUUUUUUUUUUUUUUUUAAGCACUGUCUUUUUCUCAGUUCAGUGUGAUUUGUUCGCACUCGGAGUAGGACUGAGAAAAGAAUAUCAGGGGCUUUUGUUUCUUUUGCAUUUAGUUUUAUUUCUGUGGGGUUAUCUUUGAUUUGUUUUCUUUUUAAGCUGAGACACGACUCUGAAAAGCCCACUCCUAUCUUUGUUUUCCAUGCAAAGAUAAAAGCUUAAAAACCGAUGGCUUCACGCCCUCCAUCCCAGCGAGAGGAAAAUUGGCUAUUAGGCUCCAACGAAUGGCCAGUUUUCUUUCUUCAGGAACUAAGGUCCCAUCCUGCUGGCCACACUCACGCCUGCACAGUACCGCGUUACUGAACCACUAAAUUGCCAUUUACAGGAGCAGUGACCCCAAAAGCGAGGCCCGGUGAUUGCACACGCUGCCUGCUCUCACUCCAGUCCAUGCAAGAGCCCUGCCCUCGCUCGGGCACCGACCUCCCAAGCCAAACACGAGCUGCCGGUAGCCACCCCUUAGCAGCAGGCUCACCGCCCAAGUAAUUGAAAAUAUUUACCUGGUAUUUAAUGGACCUCGAGCUGCAGAGGAGUUGAGAACUGCCUUUCAGGAAAGAUCCAGAUGUGACCUGAGAAGUUUAGCCCUACAGCCCCGAUUACUAAGCUAAAUCAGUGAUCAGUUCAACCGAAACAGCAUCAGUGGCUCAGCAGAGGUGUAUCAGGGUCAGUGGGCUCUGGAGUGAUUAGCUAAACUCUCCGGGCCUCUUUCUCUCUCUUUUUCUCCCUCUGGAGAUUCAUGCCCCUGUUUUCAAAGACACUUCCUACAAUUUCAGCCUUAAGUACAUUUGUUUACAAGCGCAAAAGCUUACGUUUAAGCUUGUAAAACAAAUCGUUCUGCAGUAGGAUGCCUUUUUUUUUUUUUUUUUUCCUAGGGCAAACGAGCCUGUUUAACCAGAUUUAGAAGAUGAACUUAAAAACUUGCAGAGCUACUCUGCAAGCUACUUUUAAAGUGUGGGAAGAAGUGAUUGAUCACGGUAUUUAUCAUUUUCUUUUGAAUCUGAUACACCACACAAGCACCCCAGGCCAACUAGCGUGGAGACAUAUUUUUUUCCUCCCCUAAGAAAUACAAGCGAAUGGGAAGAGCAGAGAGUGUGAUUUCAGUGUUUCCGUGGGAGCCUGCUUUAUUUCAGGGCAUGUUACAAGGCAGUGGCUGUAUUUUAUAUUGUAAGUACAAAAAUAAGCUCAGCACUUUUUAGUAAUCUAGAAACUAUCAAUGAACAGCAAAGCCAGAUUAGUGUUUUGGAGAGGAAGAGUGGCCCCUCUGUGACAGGCAGCAGCGAAACACCGGGAAUCCCAAAUAGGAAGCAACCCAAUUUUAUAUCAGAAAUUAUUUUUAUGCUCUUUUCUAUCUUUGCAUUUUUAUGGUCAGAUUUUAAUACUGAAUAUGUAGCAAAUAUCAUUUUGUUUCUUUAACAGAAUGGGUAUUUAAAGAAGUGAAUGAGGUGGGAUCUCAGAAGUUAACUGAAUGUUUUACUAUUUCUGAAUGGCUGGAGAGAUGCAGAGAGAGAGAGAAAGAGAGAGAUUACAAACUAUUCUCAACGUGAUGAAAAUUUCACUAUUCCUUUGCCUUUUUAAUUGCUUAGGGGAAAAAAGUAACAAGCACAUUAGUUAAGCCUGUUCAUUUACUGUUUUGUGCCUCAGAGAGUGAGAAUGAGACAUCCAUAAUUUUUAUGAGAAGAUGCUUCCUAAAUAUUCAGCACUAGGAAAAAAGAAACACCACCGCCACACCAUUAUUUGCAUCAUAAAUCAAGACUCGCUUGAUCUGACAAGGCCACUUGUUGGACUCGCAGCUUCUUUCUUAAAUGGAAAGCUAAAACAAGCUAGCAUUGCUCGUGCUUGCCGAAGCCAGGCAGCAGGCAAAGCAGAUGCAGGCGUUUGUUCCAGAGGGAAGAGGGGCUUGGCUCUCAGGCAAUGGCCUUCAAGAAAGCUCUUCCCCUCCAUAAAUUGCCAAGGUGCUGCAAGAGAUGGAGCAUUGUCACAAAGAAGAACCAGCACUGGGUCCCACUUUUGCUGCCAACCGUGGCUUUUCCCAAUAGGGAGCGGGGCUGGGCGGCCGCGGCUGGAGGCGCUGGGAGCAGCGCAGGUGCAAUCGGGUUGGGGGGAUUUUGACUGAGCAUCUGGUACAGACUUUCAUUUCAAUGCCAGACAGGAGGAACCCACUUGCCAUCCCACAUGCAGAAACAAGAGAGUUGUAACAAACUUACAUGUUUACGGUAUUUCUCUGGCUGAAUUUCUCUCUAUAUAUAAAGAAUAAAAAUACCCUCUUCCCUAGGUAAAUGACAUGCAUUACCCCUUGACCUAGACACUAGAACAGAGGAUCUAAAUUCAAGACUUUCGCCUCCCCACCCUCUCCAAAAAGAUCAAACAAGAACCAACCUAGGUGCAUCUAACAGUUGUAAAUAGAAAAUAAUACAUAGAGAAAUAUAUUUGAAAUUUGUUUCAGUUUCUGGAUGGUCACUGGCCGUCCACUGCAAUGUUAUUGAUAGUACACUGUGGUGCUUUGGGUUUCUGGUUUUGUUCUCUUUAUGCUCUGUCAUCUUUUCAUUGCAGCUACAUUUCAGGGAACAUGUAUAUUUAGUAGCUAUUGUAAGUUCUGCAUGGCAUCACCGAGCUUAUUUUUCCUUAAGAAGAAAAGAAGAGUCUGUAGGAGUUUAAAGGCACUAUGACGACAGGGACUUGUAGCAGAGAAUUUAAAAAAAAAAAAAAAAAGGUUUUUAAAAUUCUAGUUUGAAGCCAAAUACUGAUAUUUUAGUGCUUUUGGGGUUUUAACAGUAAGAGCAAAAAAAAAAAAAAAAAAAAAAAAGGAUUUUGGUAACCCAGCUGAUCCGCACUUGCCAGUUUUAUUAUUUUGUUUAUAUUGGACUGUUUGACCCUGUCAAACAAGUGUCAAAGUUGUGUGUAUAAAACAAACAAAAAAAAGUGUUUAAAAAAGUGUUGUAAAGACACUGAGCCUUAUGAAAAUAUUUAUGGAAUUAAAUAAAAAGAAGUGAAAAGGCA